AUGGGUAUAAAAGGUUUAUGGACCGUAAUGGCUCCUUAUUGUGAAAAAAUGUCUUUACACGAAAUUCAGGGUGAAACAGUUGCCAUAGAUUUAUCAGGAUGGGUUUGUGACAGUCAAAAUGUUACUGAAUAUCAUAUACAACCAAAGUUGUAUCUUAGAAACUUGUUUUUUAGGACGGUAUAUCUUCUAUUGGCUGAUAUAAAACCAAUAUUUGUGCUUGAAGGUGAUGCACCCGAGUUGAAAAGAGAUGUCAUGGCUGCCCGAAAUGCUGUGCAGUUUAGAGGUGCUCCACAACACACUGGCAUAAGAUCAAACAAACCUGAUGUGGCACGCAGCAGAUUUAGAAAUGUGCUAAGGGAGUGUGAAUCUCUUUUGAAGUGUAUGGGAGUUCAGUGUGUAAAAGGAAGAGGUGAAGCUGAAGCUACAUGUGCUAUGUUAAAUGCUCAAGGUGUGGUAAAUGCAGUUGUAUCCCAAGAUUCAGACUGUUUUGCUUAUGGGGCUCGCCGUGUGUAUCGCAACUUCAGUGUUUCGAAUUCAGCUGGAGGUGGUGCAAUGCAAGGCUCCAUUGAAUGUUAUGAUGCUGAUUUAAUGUUUCAAAGUAAUGGAUUUGGUCGCAAGAAAAUGGUGGCCCUCGCUCUUCUUUGCGGAUGCGACUAUGGCGUCGGAGCUUGUGGUUCCUCAAUAAAAAAUGCCGUAUCUUUUCUACAUACGGUGCCUGAAGAACAAAUUAUACACAGGCUAUUGUCAUGGGUAACCGAUACCAAGCGGUACGAGGAACAAAGCCGGUGGGCGUUUUUGCCGGGAAGAUGCGACCGUUGUGGCCACGUGGGACGGACGCACGCAAAGAACGGCUGUCCCGUCUGCGCUACGCACCGUAAUUGCGAUGACAAUGGACAUAAGGCGAAAGUAGCAGAAGUAAAACGAGAGUUGUCUCUACGUACGAGAGCGAUAUCUUGUGGAAGGCCAUUCCCAGAGCCGAAAGUGAUAAAUGAGUUUUUGAACGCCAGUGAUGAUUACAUCGAUUUAGACACAUUGAAGAAACCAGUCCCAAGUUUAAUAGAAUUUGUGAAGUUGAUGUCGCGUAAAUUAGAUUGGAGCGAGCGGUAUUGCGUGGAAAAGUUCUUACCAAUACUCACAAAAUGGCACUUACAGAAUGAUGUCCCUAAUAGAAAAAUUAGACCAAAAGCUAUUAAGAAGAAAAGGAAUCCUAGAGGCAUUCCUAGUUAUGAAGUGAUAUGGCAUGACAUAAGUGGAGAAUUUGAAGGCCUUAUUCCAGAUGAUCAAUUGGAAGAUGGCGAAGAUUUAACAAACGUUUGGAUAUCAACAGAACGUCAAGACUUAAUGCGAAAAUAUUAUCCAGACGUUGUAGAGUCGUACGAGGAAUCUAUAAAAAAACCAGUCAAAAGUAAGAAAACAAGGGAGAAAAAGAAUAAAGAGAAUCAAGAUCCGAAUAAACCAAAAAGGAAAUACAAUAGAAAGAAAAAUAAAGUUGAUGUUUUGGAGGCACUAAACAAUACAUUAAGAAGAUUAAGCCUAGACGUCACAGAACUUAAUUGUAGUAAAGCACGUGUUAGUGUUUGUGUAAAUGAAUUAAAAAGAAAGUUAAGAAAUAACACAAAGAAGAAAAAUACAAUGGAAAGUUAUGUUGUAAGUAAAAAACGAAAGUGUAAUGUAAGCAAACUUAUACAAAGCAAUUCGACUUAUGACAACAAAAAUAAGUAUGAGGAAUUGCGCAGACAACAAAAUGUCGUUGAUAAAUUAGAAACAAAAGGACUUGCAGAUGCUUCAAGCUUUUUCAAUGCAAGUAAAGAAGAUAUUAAUGACAGCGAUCUGUCAGAUAUUGUUGAACAGAUAGUAACAAGAGCUCCCGUUAUUAAAACGGCAACAGUCAACAGUAAUUUAGUCAAAUUAGUUUUUGAGAAUAAAAAGGUACAAAGGAAAUCCGUUAUCGAAAAGAACUUCAUUAAAAAUAAUUGUUCAACACCUAAAAGCAGUCCUGUACGAAAGAGCAAUUACAAUGUAAAUAUAUCAAAAUGUUCAUCCACGUCUAAAAUAAAUACAAGUUACUUCUUCGAUAAACUGACAGAUGAUCGUGAUGCAUUCGAAAUGUCAAUUGAUUAUAAAUCAAGUAGUGGUGUUGUAAAUAUAGAUAAUGACGUAACAGUUGAAUACAGCUUACCCGAUGUUUAUUUAUAA